AUGUCAGAUGAACCAAUUAAUCAUAAACUAUUAGCAAGAAAUAAACAUAGAGGUGGAAAAAGUGUAGAUAAAAAUACCUCUAGAGGAAAAUAUAAAAAAGAAGAGUUUGAAAAAAAGAAGAAAGAAAGAGAGGAAAUAGCAAAAAGAGAACAAGAUCCAAACUAUCAAAAGAAUAAAAAAGAUAAUGUUAGCAAUGAUGAUGAUGAUGAUGAUGAAGACGAUGAAAAUAUUGAAGAGGAUGGUUUCGCUAAACAUUCAAGAUCGAAAUAUAGCAAAAGAAUUUUGGUUCAAAAAGAUAACAGCAAACUUGUACAAUUAGAUGAUAAAUACUAUAAUCAAAGUUCAAAAUUAAAUAUGCAAUCUCUCAUUGAUUCAAAAGUAGAUUUUAUCCCCAAGUUUGAAAACUCAAGUAAUAGUACAACCGAUUUAAUUUUGGAUGAAAUCAAUAUUGACUUUAAUAAAAAAGUAAACGUAAACAACUCUAAUAGUAAUUCAAGUUCAAAUAGUUUAAAUAUAAGCGAAAUUGAAAAGAUGUUAUCUUCUUUUAGUUUAUCCAAAAGAUUAAAUAUUGACGAAUAUUAUUUAAAUUCUAUGAAAUUACCAAAUCCAAAUAAUGUUGUAUAUUUAAAACGAAAGUCAAAUAAACAUUUAGCUACAGAUUCAAUAGCAUCACAGUCAUCUCAAAAUAUUUCAAAAACAAAUACAGAUAGUUUAAAUAAUAAUAAAAAAGAUGACGAGAAAAAAGAUCAAGAAGAAUUCGAUAAAAUUAUAAAGUCACCAAUUAAAGAUACUGCAUAUGAACCACCAAUUGAUAAUGGAAAUGUUACAUCAGAUAAUUUAGAAGAUUGGUUAGAUUCAAUUAUUUAA